AUGACGGUUCGAGUCUCAUCCGGCCUAGAACUAUCCCACCAUGCGACGGACAAACUCCUGGGUCAUGCAAAGUUCUACCCCUCCAAGGUCACAGUGCGACAUCAUCAGUUGCGCCAUCUUGUCACGGUAGCGCAUGGCGACAAGAUCUACUACGUCAAUGACUACGAUGUCUAUGCGCUGGACGUGCAAUCAAACGAAUCGACCCUCCUUGCGACCGUCCCCUUCGAGGCACGAUGCCUGGCUGCGAACCAUGGCUGGGUAUGCGUUGGAGGUGAGAAGAACGGAGACUGCGCAUUCAUUCGCCUAAAUCAAGUGAACGGCACGACAAAAUGCUUCGAUCACGAGAUUACGGUCGAUGUCCUUACCGGAGAGAUCGUUAAUUCUAUGGACGUACACCUCUUACGCGACGACGUCGAGGCGCAUCCAGAGGCGAUCGUUCUCAUUAGCAACAAUGACCGGACCGUUAAAGUGUUCUCGCUCGACCGUCGGGAAGUCCUGACAAGCUUGGAGCACGAUGUGCCCAUGAAUUUCGCGACGCUCUCGCCAGACUCGACCAUAUUGGCUGCCGUGGGCGAUUCCAACAGAGUAUACUUCUACCAAAGACACAAGGUCGGAUCAUCGCAUGACAAGAAGUUAGGGUACGAACUCCCAGACUUCGAAUGGCGUCCGCUUGCAGUACCUACAAUACCAACAGGGGAUGACGUGCUCGAUGAUCACAGCUUCGCUGUUACCUUCUCACCAUCUGGCAAUCUUUGCGCAGCCUCAUCUCAAGGCGGAGUGAUCACCGUGUUUGACGUCGACAUGCUGCGCGACACUACUCGCCCGCCCGAAGAUGCCAUCUUGUGCUUUUUCAAGUCCUCGAGAAAGACCCUCUGGGGUUGCGUCAGAUCUAUGACCUUCUCACCGCAACCAUGGGACCUGUUGGCUUGGCUGAAGAUCAUGGUCGGAUAG